GGAAAUUUCCCUGUAAGGUCUAUGGCCAAUCCGCCCCUGCCUGUACCCCUCAGCUAGGAAUUACAGAUGGCAUUGCAAGAAAAAUAUCAUCAGCCUUCGAUUCUGCAGAGAGAGACUCUGGACAGAUAGAGGUCACUGCAGGUUAAAAACCGGCUCGGCAAGAAAAAUCUCUGGGCGUGUAGUCAUUAACCUACAUUGAAAAAGCGCCUCUCCAGUAACCCCUAACCCCCCCCCAGUGCUGGGUCAUGGAGACUCCACCUGCACGUCACAGGCACACCUCUACGAGCUGAGGCUUCAGGCUGCCACAAGGAAGUUGUCUUCUCAUAUCCAGGAGCUGCCGGGCUCAGCUGCUCACCAUGAUUUACAUCUAGAGACUUCACUGAUCGCAGCUUCAGGAACUUUCCAUCCGGUUUACCCCAUGAGGGACAAUGAAGGAUGGCAGUGAUGGGAUUACUGGAUGCAGAGAUGACGGGGAGACAUCUACCACGGACAAUGUCCGCUCAGAGAACGGGCCUGGUGGACCCCUAGGUCUACACAAAGACCCAGAUGACUCUUCUCCCGAGGCCGUCAAUUCAUGGGGAGACUUUGAGAGCUUUAAUGAGUUCACUCCACAGUCUGAACAACUGCACUAUAAAAAUGGACCAUUGGAUGAGAGCCUGUUUGUCGCAGCCAUGCCGGAUGGAGAGGACUGCGCUGACCAGACAGAUGGAGACGAUCAGUGGGAUGCAUUUAAUCUAGGAAAUGAGAACAGACAGGAAUGUGAACGGAUAUUCAGGUUGAGCUUUCCAGCCGUUCCUGUAGAAGAUACAAAUGAAGAUGUGAAAAGCUUGGCAGAGCUGCUGACGUCAUCUAAUGAGAACAUGUCCAAUUUAAUAAGGACCCGAUUAUGGCUGGAAUGUGACCCUUCGUGGCAAACUGGUGAUGGCAAAUCCACCAAAUCUGGAUGCGAGUGGCAAAAUACCAAGGGAUGCAGAGACCUCACGAUGUUGCUGGGAUCAACUCCUGAAAACUCAUCUGUCGACAGAGGAAAAAGCGAAGAUGCCUUAACGGAUACAGAACAAUUCUAUGUUAAUGAAAGCACGCCCCCUGCUGGCAAUAAAUACCUAAUACAGACUAAGUUGGAUGUUGCUCCGGGAUCCACGAGCGGUCACAUUUUUUCGUAUCAGUUGGUUCUUAAAAAGUCACAGAGUGAUGCACCUUUGCCUUUUCUCACUUUUUCAGGAAAAAGGAGUUUUUUUUAGCACAAACCAUUUGCACACCAGUAUUUAGGCAUUCGUCUGUAUAUGAUGAGGUUAUUCUGUUAUUUAAAUAGGGGUUUUUAGCUUUUGCACAAGAAAAAUCUAAUAUUUAUACUAAACAUUUUGAGGAGAUAUUUAACUUAUUGCACUGUAUAUUCCACCGAUGACAUUUCUGAAUGCACUUGUGUGUGGCCUAAGAAUGUAUGCAGCUUAUUGUACCACAGCAAGAUGUUUAGCGGCACCUAAUGGGGUAUUCUGGUUAUAUUAAGUUAUCCCCUAGCCACAGGAAUAGCCGAGCGUUGUACUCAGCUAUCUCUGGAAUUCCCAUAGAAGUGAAUGGAGCAGCUGCAUGCAUGUCUGACCAGACACUAAUUUCAGGCUUCUCCAUGGGGUACAGGACCUGUGUUCUCAUGUUUGGUGGGAGUCCUACUGCUGGGAUCUAAUAGUUAUCCCCUAUCCAGUUGAUAGGGGAAAACUUAAUAUAACUGGACUAUCCCUUUAAGAAAAUUUUUGAAUAUAUAAAUUGGACAAACCCUUAAAAGGGGUUAUUCAAGACAACAACAACAUCAAAAAAUGCCCCCCAUACGCCGGACCCCCCCACACUGAAUAUACUUACCUGGGU